GCCUGGUUGCUAGACGACUCUCUCUCUCAUCGACGUGAAAACAAAACAGGCUAGGAAGGACAGAAASUCGUGUAAGAAAACUGUCCGUAUCACCGCAUAAACAGCUCCUUACCCGAGAAGAGCUCUUAGUUUUCUGUGCGAAUGUUUCCAGUUUUAGCUUGACWGUUUUGGAACCCCUUGUUUUUAUUAUUAGCAUGAGCCUCUGAAGAAGAGGAGCGAGCUGAAGAUAGCUUUUUUUUCUUUUUUUUUUAUUUUGCUGGAGAAAAAAAAAUGGAAAGAGCACACAAAACAAAACUCGAGUUUUUCAUUUCAACAUAACAUUUACUUACAAUGUUCAGCGGCACUCCCAAGAUGUCUUUGGAGACGAGUGAUGUUCAAACAGAUGAAGAAGAGCUGAUGGUUCAGACAUUGAUGACAGCCCAGAGCCUCUGAAGCAGAAAGUGAGCUCGAGGACACACAGACCACUUCACUUCCCAUCCAAUGGUUUUACUGUCGGUGUAGGUGAGCGCAUGGAGAAGGAGGACAUGUACGAUSAGAUCAUUUGCCUCAAGAAGAGUCUCCACGCUCAGAGGUCUGACAACCAACAGAUGAAAGUCAGACUGCGGCGGAUGGAGGAAGAUAACAUGAAAAGAGAGAAACAGAUCGAAGAGCUGUUGGAGCCUAUAAAAGGAUCUGAAUACACUCGUAGUUUGGUGGAUAAGAAAAAAGAAGGGAGUGUGGUUGUCAGUGGGCUGAAGCAAAGAAUCCUGAAGCUGGAGCAACAGUGUAGAGAGAAAGAAAACGCUCUAAGUACACUACAAAGUGAUCUGAGAACUACAAACAUGGAGGAGCUGAAGAUCACUGUGGAAACCUACUUUGAAGAGAUCCAGAGACUGAGGACGCUUCUAGAGGCUGCAGAAAAAAGUGGUCGAGCAGAGAGUAAAUGCUCCCAGAGGCAGCAGAAAGCCCUGAACUCCACAGUCCAUCGCCUGGCUGAGGACCUGAAGCUGCUCCGGCAGGAGAACGCGGCGCUGAGGGAGGAGCUCAACACCGACAGUCCUGCUGGUGGAAUUAAAGGUUACAGAGAGUGGAGUAAACAGAGAUUAUUGAGACGGCUGUUGGAGGUAGAGAAGAGGCUGCAGGACAGCAGGAGACAUGCCCAGUCUGCRAAAGGCAGCCGCCGCAGACUGGACAAAGAGGUCCAGGCCACGCUCUCUGAGGCGGCGGGGAUUGCCACGGCAACAGAGACCGCGGUCUCCGCGGGAGCUGUCGCAGAGGAAGCCGAGGAGCUCGCUGGUCUGAGGGAACGCCUCGACCAAUCGGAGAAAGACAGGGAGGAGCUACGAGAGAUGCUGUCAUGUAAAGAUGAUGAACUGACACGGCUGAGGAUGGAAAGAGACGAGCAGGAGAGAGAGACRGAACAACUGAAAGCUGAACAGAAGAAACUGCUUGACCUUGAGAAACAGGAGCACAGACAGAAGCUGGAGCAGCUGCUGGAGAGGAUCCGAACUCUGGAGGAGGCCGAGCUCCUCUCUCCUACUCCCACGGUGGCAGAGAGUCACGAGGACGCCCGGAGCCCAGCGAAUCAGGAGGAGGAAGAGGAGCGGGACACUGGAUGCCUCAGAGAGGAGGGGGCGGAAGGAAAUGAUGAAUCUAGGACUGAUGCUGGGACGAAAAAAAGAGAAACGGCAGCUUUGAUCAUUCAGACAAACUGGAGGCAGCACAGACAGAGGGACAUUGUGAUGUUGCAAUCUGUUUUAAGGGGCCAUUUCUUCAGAGAGUCACAGCUCAAAGUCCUGGUGAAAGAUGCACAGAAUAAGUCGACUGACUCGUUAAACUGCGGUGACGUGGCCGGCUCUGUCGGUGGAAAACUGGACGAGGUCRCUGUGACGGUGAUCCAGUCUGCAUUCAGGGGACAUCUGGCUCGCUGUAGUUUUGCAAUAAAGAGCUCAGGGUUUGCUGUGCCUUCUCCGGCUGAAAGCAAUCAACCUACUCUGGUUCCAAGAAGGGCUGGCCUGACUCACACUCACACAGGUACCGAAAACCUCAGUAGGAAUCCUGAAAAGGACCUCAAGCAAGACGACCUCUGGCCCGUCUCUAGAACUUCUGUCUCUAGGACGUCACACACACGAGCCCAAAGAGAAGUCCUUUCCGCUGCGGAGUUUGAUGCAGACGCCGGCGUGGAAUCAGACGAUUCUGAUGACAUUAUUGUGUCUCCGUCACGUCCACUGAGAAGCCGAGAAGUUCUAAUGCUGUAGACUCGCCUGGCUGGCUUUGGGUUGUGUGUGAAAGUGUGUUCAUUAAUGUCUGCUACAAUCACACGUCACAUCCUUGCCUAACGCAUCUUUAUGUUUUCAUUCAGAGUAAAUAUGAGCACACAGGGUCUGCUGUGGAAGCGCCUCWCCCAUAAAAAUAAUCAGAAUCUUUUGGGGAAGUUGAAUCUUACCUGGAAUAAGUGUCAACUGUUCACUUUGCUGGUUUCUAUGCUGAACUACAUGAUYUAUCUUAAACUGACAGCAAUAAAUGCAGUCAUUUCUGCUAAUCUGACAGGCCCAAGUGAGGCAGAUUACUGUAAAUUCCUCUGAUCAUAUUAUAGUACACCUGAUAUGAGACCCUUAAUCAUCGUCCCAUUCAUCACUGUCAUAAGCUUAUAAAAUUAUGAAUGAUUUUUUUUAGGUAUGACAUGGAGGCGAUCCUUGUCUGAUGCACUAUUGAGUCAAACUGUGAAUAAAUUAUAGCUCACUCUGCUGCAAUACUAACCCAUAAAUAGAGGAAACACUGUGUACUCCUAAUACCUGUACUGGAGUAGACAAAAACAAUAACUUUUAAAGUGUUCAGCAUAAGCAAUGAUUAACGUAAUCUCAACAUGUGUAACCUGUUUGAGGCAUUCAAUUAAAUGCAUUUUUUWAAAGAAAA